AUGGGGAGAUACGUACCGCUGUGUAAUACCGUCAGACGCACGGAGGCUGGGAGUACGUUGACAAAGCGCAAACGCGGGGAGGACUACAACAGCGACACGGACGACGGGGAUACUGACAACAGCAGCUGA